AGCUGCGGGACAGUACCUCCCGCGCCCAGCACCUCAGCGAUCGCUCGCUCCCGGCACCCCUGUCCGGCGCCCGCUUUCCCUUUCCCCUACCCCGUGCCCCGAUGGCCGCCACCGGGCCCCAGAGCUCCCCGCGCGGAGCCCUCUGCAGGCAGCUGCUGCUGACCCUCUUGAUCUUCAGUCUUGCUGGUGAAGCCUGCAAAAGGGUGAUAAUUAAUGUGCCUUCUAAACUAGAGGCAGACAAAAUGAUUGGCAGAGCUAAUUUGAAAGAAUGCCUUGGAUCUGCAGACCUCAUCCUGUCAAGUGAUCCUAAUUUCAGAGUUCUAGAUGAUGGGUCAGUGUACACAACCAGUGCUGUUGUGUUGUCUGGUGAGAAAAGAUCAUUCACCAUAUGGCUUUUGGACACAAGGAAACAGAUGCAGAAAGAGAUGACUGUGCUCUUGGAACAUCAGAAGAAGGUAUUGAAGAAAAGACAUGCUAAAGAGCCUGUUCUCAGGCGUGCCAAGAGGAGAUGGGCACCCAUUCCUUGUUCAAUGCAAGAGAAUUCCUUGGGCCCUUUCCCUUUGCUUCUUCAACAAGUUCAAUCUGAUGCAGCACAGAACUAUACCAUUUUCUACUCAAUCAGUGGGCAUGGAGUUGACCAAGAACCUUUAAAUUUGUUUUAUAUAGACAGAAACACUGGAAAUCUGUAUUGCACCCAGCCUGUGGACCGUGAAGAAUAUGAUGUUUUUGAUUUGAUUGCCUAUGCAUCAACUGCAGAUGGAUAUUCAGCAGACUUACCUCUUCCAUUGCCCAUCAGAAUAGAGGAUGAAAAUGACAACCACCCUGUUUUCACGAAAGAAAUUUUUAAUUUUGAAGUUUUGGAAAGUAGUAGAUUGGGCACUACAGUGGGAGUGGUUUCGGCCACAGACAGAGAUGAACCAGACACGAUGCAUACCCGCCUGAAGUACAGCAUUUUGGAACAGACUCCAAAAUCACCUGGGCUCUUUUCUGUGCAUCCCAGCACAGGCGUAAUCACCACAGUCUCGCAUUAUUUGGACAGAGAAGUUGUAGACAAGUACUCAUUGAUAAUGAAAGUACAAGACAUGGAUGGUCAAUAUUUUGGAUUGACUGGUACAUCAACUUGUAUCGUAACAGUGAAAGAUGCAAAUGAUAAUGCACCCACUUUUAGACAAAAUGCUUAUGAAGCAUCAGUAGAGGAAAAUGCAUUCAAUGUGGAAAUCUUACGAAUACCUAUAGAUGAUAAGGAUUUAAUUAACACUGCCAAUUGGAGAGCCAAUUUUACCAUUUUAAAGGGAAAUGAAAAUGGACACUUCAAAAUCAGCACAGACAAAACAACUAAUGAAGGUGUUCUUUUUGUUGUAAAGCCACUGAAUUACGAAGAAAACCGUCAAGUGAACCUGGAAAUUGGAAUAAGCAAUGAAGCCCCAUUUACUAGAGAUAUUCCCAGAGUGACAGCGAUGAACAGAGCCCUGGUGACAGUUCAUGUGAGGGAUCAGGAUGAGGGGCCUGAAUGCAACCCUGCCGCCCAGUAUGUACGGAUUAAAGAAAACUCUGAAGUGGGGUCCAGGAUCAAUGGCUAUCAAGCAUAUGACCCUGAAACCAAAAGUAGCAGAGGUUUAAGGUACAAAAAAUUGCAUGAUCCUAAAGGGUGGAUCAGCAUUGAUGAAACUUCGGGAUCUAUCAUAACUUCCAGAGCCCUGGACAGGGAGGCCAUAACUCCCCAAAAUGGCUUAUAUAAUAUUACAGUCCUGGCAAUAGACCAAGAUAGUAAGUCAUGUACGGGAACACUCGUCGUGACCAUUGAAGAUGUGAAUGAUAAUCCACCAGAAAUACUUCAAGAUUAUCUCACAAUUUGCAAACCAAAGAUGGGGUAUUCUGACAUUUUGGCUGUUGAUCCAGAUGAACCUGAACAUGGAGCUCCAUUUUAUUUCAGUUUGUCAGACACUUCUUCAGAAGUCGAUAGAAUAUGGACCCUCACCAGAGUUAAUGAUACAGCAGCCCGUCUUUCAUAUCGUAAAAAUGCUGAAUUUCAAGAGUAUUCCAUUCCUAUUACUGUAAAAGAUAGAGCAGGUCAAUCUGCAACAAAAACCUUGCGAGUUAACCUGUGUGAUUGUACUCAUCCAAGUCAGUGCCGAGCAGCUUCAAGGAGCGCAGGAAUUAUACUUGGAAAGUGGGCAAUCCUCGCUAUAUUACUGGGCAUAGCGCUACUAUUUUCUGUAUUGCUAACUUUAGUAUGUGGAGUAUUUGGCACAAGUAAAGGGAAACGUUUUCCUGAAGAUUUAGCACAGCAAAACUUAAUUAUAUCAAACACAGAAGCACCUGGAGAUGAUAGAGUGUGUUCUGCCAAUGGAUUUAUGACCCAAACUGCCAAUAACUCUAGCCAAGGUUUUUGUGGCACCAUGGGAUCGGGAAUGAAAAAUGGAGGGCAGGAGACCAUUGAAAUGGUGAAGGGAGGACAUCAGACUCUGGAAUCCUGCCGGGGCGUCGGGCAGCAUCACACCCUGGAUUCCUGCAGGGGAGGACACGUGGAGACGGACAACUGCCGAUACACGUACUCGGAGUGGCAUAAUUUCACCCAACCCCGUCUCGGUGAAAAACUGCAUCUGUGUAAUAAGAAUGAAGACCACAUACCAUCUCAAGAUUAUGUCCUCACAUAUAACUAUGAGGGAAAAGGUUCUCCAGCUGGUUCUGUAGGUUGCUGCAGUGAGAAACAGGAAGAAGAUGGCCUUGACUUUUUAAAUAAUUUGGAACCCAAAUUUAUUACAUUAGCAGAAGCGUGCACAAAGAGAUAAUGUCGCAGUGUCACAGCUAGACAGGUCUUUGCCAGACAUUCUGGAGGUAUUAAAAAAUAAUAUUGUAAAGUUUGAUU